UCAUAUGCUGCCCAAUUCUGCACAUUGGGUAUAUGGCAUAGAUGAUGUGAUUGCACAGGGCAGUCAUUACUAUUCCUCGUAUCUUAUGCAGGAGACUCUGCAAGGCGUUGUACAUGCCUUUGUUCUCAACAAGUUUUUAACAAAGACAGAGCAUAUUCCCUCUCGUCACCUAUUGCGGAGGAUCCUGAUCUUCUACCAAGUUGGCCUCAUUGAGGGUGGCAUCUCUGACGACGAUCCUGCAUCAGUUCAUCUACCUAACAUCGAGACAAUGGAGGGCGUGCUCCAUAUCAUCUGUCUUGCAGUCCUGAUUAUUCUUGGCAAUGUUCUGGAUUUCAGGACUUACAGCACUCCAAAUCAAGGGGAAGAUGAUGAAGCCUCUCCUACCCAAAGAACAUUGAUGGACACUGGUGACAUCAAUGCCAUUCCCAACAAUGAAAGAAUCACGUAUUGUUAUGCACGUGGCAUGGCUUUACACAUCCUCAAGUGGCUCCAUUCCUGUGCCACUUUCACUGGCCCACUGGAUGGUCUUGCCGACGAUCUGAUAUCUCUUUUUUUUGUUCAGAUUUUGGCUAGUCUAUCAGACUACAAAAGCCUUGCUGAAGCAAAGAGUUAUGGUGGAGUCCCCCGUUGCACCUCCCAUUUGCUCAGUAAACAGAUUGCCAACAUUCUUGAGGUGGAUCCGAUUCUGAAGGCUGCAUGGGCAUAUAAAGAACGUGUUCCUUCGCGCUCUCUCGCCCUCGAGGAGAAGGAGAAGUACAACAUUGAAUGGCAGUGUGAUUGGGAACCCACGUCGUGGAGAGCCCCAUCCGUUGAUUUUGCUCUCGCAGGGCAGACUCCUUUUGACAUCAAGUUCUUUCAGGCCACUAAGCUGCGGAUUAACUCUGAGAAUGCCAACAUGAUUGUUGUUGAUGUCGUCAAACCUCCUCGCAAGAAAGCAAAAGUUGAAUGA